CAAACGAAAGUGUGCAAGAAAAAAUAACUAAAAAUUUGAAGACAAAUAAUAAAAUAGCUUUCAAAAUUGAUAUAACUUCGCACGAAUAAAAUAAUAAAUUAAAAUAACCUUUACACAUUAACCGCUUUCAUAAAAAGGAAGUAGAUGAAUGUCUUCUUUCUAAAAAAGAAUAGUUAAAAUAAAGAAGCUAAAAGAUAAAAUUAUAAAAAAUAAAUUUAAUUAAAUCCUUAACAUUCAAAAUAAGAAGAAGGAGAAGAAAUAAUAUAAGAUAUUUGGAGUACUUAACAAGACAAAAGUAUUGAUAGAAAUAUAUAAAAGUCAAAAGUUAGACAUGUUAUAUUACCUUCAAGUGGAUAAAGUUAUAAUCCUUGUUAUAAAGACCAUUAAAAAGUUAUAUAAUAAGCAAUAGAAAUGGAAGAUGAAGAACUAAAGUAAAAAUUGUUUUUAGAAAAGAAAGCUGAAAUGAGAAAACUAAAAGACUAAAAAUUAUCUUAGAAAAUGGAAGAAUCAAAAAAAUUACAGAAAAUGACAAAAGAAUAAAAAGAAAAAAAAGAAGAAAGGCAAAAAGAACAUUAAAAACAUAUUAUUAAAAAAGCAAAAAAAGAAUUAAAAACAGAACAAGAAAAAGUUGAAGAAAAUGUAAAAAUAAAAAGUCAAAAAAAACAAUUUUUUGAGGAACUUAAAUAAAACACAGGGUUAAAUCUUAAACCAGAAAGAAUUGGUAUUAAAAAGUUUAUUUAAAAAGGACCUGAUUUCUUAUUAGAAGAGGAUCUACCUGAUAAUCUUAGAAAUAUUUAACCUGCUGGAAAUUUGUUAAGGGAUGAAUAUUAAGCUAUAUUUAGAAAAGGACUAAUUGAAGCUAAAAAUAUAUUUAGGAAAGACAAAAAAUCAAGAAUUAAAUCUAUUAAAUAUAAAUAAAAAUACGAUCCUUAUUUUAAUAAUAAUUGGGAUAAUGAUGAAAAAGA